AUGAUGGCGGAGAAAGACAGAUGUGCUGAAUUAUUCCUCUUAUAACACGCUGUAGUAAUAUCCGAUCUUCAAGUGCGGCAAUGCGUGUGAGACCUAAACCCAUCGGGAAUGGUUUUCGGAGAAAAACUUUAAAAGAUUCAGAAGAAUUCGAUAAAUGGAAUCGUCCCAAUGGAGAGUGCAAGACAGACGAGGGUUGCAUUGAUUUAUACUCGCUGGAUGAACAUUUGACUCUACCCAGUUUAACUAACAGAACUGCUUCAAUUUUAUUAUCUACGGUUUCUAUCAUAUGUUACUGGAACUCAUGUAAUGGGGAUUUCGUUUUUGAUGAUUCUGAAGCCAUCGUAGGCAACAAAGAUCUUCGACCAGACACCCCAUUUUGGAAGCUCUUUCUGCAUGACUUUUGGGGAGGCACACUUACGUCCAAUGAUUCUCACAAAAGCUAUCGUCCAUUAACAGUCCUCACCUAUCGAUGGAACUAUUGGCUAGCUGGAGGAUUGCAUCCUUGGGGCUUUCAUUUUGUUAAUGUGAUUUUACAUGCCGUUGUUUCGUGUCUUUCUUUGCUGGUUUUUAACGAGGUGUUUAGCGAAAAACAAACCCAAGGAGGCAAAGUGUCGAAAACGGGUUUCCUCUGUGCCUUGUUAUUCACAAUCCAUCCAAUACACACUGAGAGUGUUGCAGGUGUGGUAGGGCGUGCCGAUUUGCUGAGUGGGCUGUGCUUCUUUCUCUCAUUUUUGACUUAUGCAAAAUGUUGCAAGUUACAUUUCAUUGUACCAUUCCUACCUGCAUCAAAUAUCUUCUUCAGAGUUGGUUUUGUCAUAGCAGAACGUGUGCUGUAUUUAUCAAGUGUUGGUAGUUGUAUAUUAGUUGUGCUUGGUAUUGCAGCCCUCAGUAGAAGAGCAUAUUUAAGAAAAUAUGUUGCCUGUUGCAUGUUCACCAUGAUAGUCUGUUUUACACUCUGGACCAUUAAAAGGAGUGGUGAAUGGGUAAACGAAGAUUUACUUUUCAGUUCUGGAGAAGCUGUGUGCCCUCUGAAUGCCAAGGUACAUUAUAAUAUUGGUAAAGUGCGCUCGAACCAACACAGGGACGAAGAAGCCCUGCGAUACUACAGGGAAGCUAUCAGGCUGAAUCCAACAUACCACGAUGCCUUAAACAAUUUGGGAAAUCUCUUAAAGGACAAAGGCGAAAUCAACGAAGCAGAGGAGUUACUGGAAAAAGCAGUAAAGUCCAGCAAUACAUUUGCUGCUGGUUGGAUGAACCUGGGGACAGUCAAAGCCGCCAUGAACAAGAUGGAGGAAGCUGAGGUGUGCUACAAAAAUGCCAUCAAAUUUAGGAAGAAAUACCCCGAUGCGUACUUCAACCUUGGCAAUUUGUAUAUUGACUGGGAAAAAGGUGACGAAGCUAUUGCCGCUUUCGAGAACGCUGUUCGUUUGAACAAGAACCACGUGGGAGCCUGGUUGAACCACAUUCUCCUGCUCGAUAAGUCAGAAAAGAGAAAAGAAGGUAUUGCGCUCGCUAGAGAAGCUUUGAAGUACAUUCCACGCGAAAGUUCUAUUCAUUUUAACUUGGGCAACAUGCUAGGACAAGAAAAACUCUUUGAGGAAGCAGAAAAACAUUUUCUAAAGGCGAUUAAAAUCAACCCACGAGUAGCAGAAAUUGAAGGCAAUCUCGGCGUUCUUUAUCAUCGAUGGGGAAAGCUAGACGAGGCUGAAAGACAAUACCAUAAAGCUUUAAAACUAGACCCGCAUGGAGCAAAUAUACGAGAAAAUAUCGAAAAACUAAAAAGAACUAAGCAAAGACUAAAACAGUAACAAAAAAGAUUGAUAAAUAAUUCAGAUAAUUAGGUUUUUUUGAUAAUUAUUUAAUAAGCUAUGUCAUAUUCAAUUCAAGUCUUGUGAGAAUUUGGCUUUUCUCCUUUGAAAAAGGGACUGACAAAAAAAAUCAUCUAAUCUGCAAAACUUUUUCCACAGAAUAAGGCAUUAUCAGUUGAAUCUUAAAGUUCUAAAUCAUAUUUACACAUCCAAUGUCUUAUGUCAAAGCAGAAUAUGAAAUAACCAAGAAAAAUUCCCAUUUUUGACUCCUUUAAGCAUUGCAUUUUGUCACCUUUCAAAACGCAAGACGCAGGCAACUAUAUAGCCUGCGUUGCAUCCGUAAUUUUCUUUCGCAAAGUCCUGCGUAAAGACUUUACGAAAAAAAUCCGGAUAAAACGCAGGCUAAGGCAACUACCAAAAUGAUAGAAAUACAAUCAAAAUUCAUGGAAAACAUGAACCAAGUUUUCUUUUAUCAGUAUUUUUCACUUAGCUUCUAUCCUUACUCCCAGCCAUACAUCUUCUGGUCAUCUCCGGCAGAGGCACACGGCCUAAAUGCAGGCUAAAAAUGGAGGUCUCGUUGGGGAUACUUUUGAUAUUUGUCUGUGGCUGCGUCAUUUGUAUUUCAGUCCAGAACCAUCCCCAAAAAAGAUGAAUCAAGUAAGCCACUCUUUUCAGGAAAUUCGGAUUUCAAUUUAAAAAAGACUUUUGCUUCAAAGGCUUAAAUAUUUAUCAUUUUUAAUAAAUCAGUGAUUGAAUUUUGCAAGCGGCAAUUAAAAUCUUUUUAUAAGCUA